AGAAAUUGGUUUGUUAUUCUUGUUUACCUGUCGUGUUUGAUGACAACACAAGCAUUAUUGAAUACUUUGUCGUCUGAAGGUAGUUUUGGUCAAUUGACGUCUCGGUCUGUUGGUCUCAAUAAAGCGACAAUGAAUUCGGAGCUAAAUUUUUUGUCAACUCCUUCAAGUUCGUCUGCUUACACACUGAGUGCGCCAAGUUACAAUACCUUACAAUCAGGAGUAUGCGAUUUCACUAAGCCACUGGUAAAUACACCGUAUGCACCUGCAGUUCGUGAACCUGACCAACUGGAAACUGGACAAAAAAUCAAACGACCUAUGAAUGCUUUUAUGGUAGAUCUUUCAUAUCUUUGCUUCUUUUCUAUAAAGGAGAGGUAUCGUGAAAUGGUUUGGUCACAAGAGAGACGUGCUGAAAUUGCGAACUCGGAGAGUAAAAUGCAUAACUCGCAAAUUAGCAAAGAACUUGGCGCAGAAUGGAGACAGAUGAGUGCUGAAAAGAAAGCACCGUAUAUCAAAAAGGCUAAAGAGUUGCGUGAUGAACUACUACGACAGCAUCCGGACUACGUCUAUAGACCGAAGAGGAAGCCGAAGUUACAGCCAAAAAGUGUAAACCAUUCCGUGUCUCCGGCUAGCACUUCGGCCGUAAAACAAAUUGAGCGGUCAUCGGAUAACCGGCUUUCAACAACGGCUGCACAACUUUUGCUGGCGUCCGAAGCGCAGCAGUCACUUCAGCAACAGUCUUUGAUGCUUGCUUAUCAUGCUCAGAUGAUUGCCGCUUUUCUAAAAGGAAAUCAACAAAAGAAGGUAAAAGCGUUUGAAAAAGUUUUAAUGUUUUAG